AUGUCGCACCAGGGGCCGAGGCUGGAUGGUCUCAACCUGAUCGAGGAAGCGCAAAUCGAAGGGGCCAUCCGGGAAGUCAGGCGCAUCGCCGACACAAAUCCUUCUGCUCCAGAAUCAUGGGAACAACGCCUACACAUUGCGCGUACGGCCAUCGCCACGCUGGACGCGACGGGGUUCGUGCAGAUGCCUAACAGAAAUACCGACCGUACAUUCGUCAUCGCGACGUUACAAAGUCUGGCUUAUCAUGAUGCGGAAGGUGUUGGUGUCCCCGAUAUCGCGGAGUGGUGCAUGAACCAGUGGUUAUUGCUACUCCAGAGAAAUACCGAAGAUCUCUCUGCGCUCAGGGGGCUGGGUCAAGCGUGGCUAGCUCGAUCUCAAAGCGUCCUCGCACGAAUCCACCGCACCGAAGGCAGCUCCUCCAGUGGCAGCAGCGGUCGACCUCAGAGUCUAAGCGAGAGAUUGUCGUAUUCGACGGCCGAGGAGUCUAGGGAUGCAGAACGAGCAACUGCCGAAGCCGACGCCAGAGCACACACGGCCGAUUAUGUGGAAGCACGCGGGAUGCUGAUUCCGGCGGUCGACUAUUUCUCUAGGGCUGUAAACGUGGCCGAAAGAGAUGGAGAACCCACCGGAGAACUACUCUCAGAGGAAUUCCGUACAGGCGGGACGCUGGCUAACAUCCCUGUAGUGUUGGAAGCACGUCUCGAACAGGCAGCGAUGCUGAAGAAGGUCGUGGAUGCCAUCAAAGACCUUGUCCAAGACUGUAACUUUGACUGCAAUGACUCUGGCAUUGCGCUGCAGGCCAUGGACAACUCGCACGUCGCCCUCGUCUCCAUGAUGCUCAAAGCAGAGAUGUUCUCUCCCUACCGAUGCGACCGCAACAUAGCCCUCGGCAUCAACCUCAACUCCCUGACCAAAGUCAUCCGUGCCGCCCAGAACGAAGACAUUCUCACCAUUAAGGCCGAAGACUCUCCCGACGUGGUGAACCUCGUCUUUGAGAGUAGCGACACGGAUCGUAUUAGCGAAUACGAUAUCAAGUUGAUGGACAUUGACCAAGAGCAUCUGGGAAUCCCCGACACUGAAUAUUCAGCUACCAUCGAGAUGCCGAGUGCCGAAUUCCAGCGCAUUUGCCGCGAUUUGAUCGCCAUGUCGGAGUCAGUGUCGAUCGAAGCAAGCAAGGACGGCGUCCGUUUUUCGUGUCAAGGUGACAUCGGCAGCGGCAGCGUCACCAUUCGACAGAACUCAUCCGUGGACAAGCCAGACCAAGAAGUAAAGAUCGCCCUGAGCGAACCUGUCUCUCUGACCUUUUCACUCAAAUACCUCGUCAAUUUCUGCAAAGCAAGCAGUCUUUCUACAAAGGUCAAACUCUGCCUCUCCCAGGAAGUGCCUCUUUUGGUGGAAUACAACCUGUCGGGAAGCAGCUAUCUGCGGUUCUAUCUAGCCCCCAAGAUUGGUGAUGAUGAGUGA